CAAUGGAUCUGGCAACAUUUACAAAAUGUCUGACGCUAAUUCCGAAAAUGACGUUUUAGGGCCGCCUUGCUUAAAGAAAAUUAAAAUUGUCGAGCAAAAUGAGAACGGCGUCGACGGCAUUCAAUUGGAAUUGAAAGAUUUCAUUCCAGUGAAAAUUCUUAACAAUAAUACUAAUAGGAAAACUGUGUGUAUUCAAGGUACAUUUAAGGACAAAACUGGUGUGGCUUUGGUUUUGUUAGAAAAAAAUGCUUUUAAAGAAGAGGAUUUAGACGCUAAAGGUUAUUUUAGUGAAGAUACGAAGCUACGGACAUUCUUCCAGAACGAUAUUUACGGCAACUUUGAAUGUUUCCCGCGUUCUGAAAUAAACGGUGUAAAGACAACAAUAAUAUAUCCAGCUACAGACAAGCAUAUUGCAAAGUUCAGUCAACAAGAAGUCCAUAUUGUACUAGAAACUGCAGAACUGUAUGAAAAAUUAACAUUACCUCAUAUUGAAAAAGAACAAUUUAAUUUACAGUGGGUGUAUAAUAUUCUAGAAGGUAAGAGUGAGCAGGACAGAGUGAUAUACGACAAUAAGUGUGAAAGAGAAGGCUUCGUUUUACUUCCGGAUCUGAAGUGGGACGGUCUAACUAGAGAGACCUUGUAUUUACUGGCUAUUGUACGACAACGAGGUAUCAAAUCUUUGAGAGAUCUGAAUGAAAUACAUUUGCCGUUGCUAAAGAGAGUUCGUGACGAAGGAAAGAAAACAAUAUUCUCCAAGUACAAAGUUCCGGGAAGUCAGUUACGUGUGUACAUACACUAUCAGCCUUCGUUUUAUCAUUUGCACAUACAUUUCACAUAUCUAAGACACGAAGCACCCGGCAUUUAUGCCGAGAAAUCACAUUUACUCGAUACUGUCAUUGAUAAUAUCGAAAUGAUGGGAAAUUACUACAAAAAAGCAACUUUACCUUUCACUAUUCGUGAAAUGGACACCAUUUUUAAUGUCUAUGAAACUAACGGACAUGUUGAAAGGAUUAAAAUAGAUAAAUAAAUUUGAAUUAAGC